AUGCUUUUGUCGCACCAAAUGUCGACCCAACAGUUGAAUCGGCGAUCGCCCUCCGUGAGCACCUUCAGCAACUCGAGCGCUCAGCCGGCCGCCGCGUACCGAACAUCGUCCAACUCGGAUCUGCGACGCUCCAUCUCCAACCGCUCCUUUGGACAGCCCCAGGCGUCGGGCUAUGUGGCCCUCUUGCGGAAGCAAAAGGCCACGGUCUGGUGCGAUCGCGCCCAGUAUGAGGACCCCCGGUUGGUCGCCCAGCAGCGGGCUGCCAAGAUGCGCGCCAACUUGGAGGUCAGCGGGGGAAACCGAGCAAGUGGCUCAGCUGGUUCCUCGUCAGGUGGCCGCACGAGCACGGGCAUAAGCGCAACAACAAAGGUCGCUGCCAAGAUUCGGCAUCACGGCAAGACACCUGUUGUAGGCUAUGCCAACGAAAAUCACGUGGGCGUCGGAGGAGUGCCCAUGCGCCUGAGCGCCACCGAAGUCGAGGGCGAGAGCAGCGGGGAGGAAGAUUUCGCAUCGCGUUCGCACCACCGCCGGACGGGAAGCAGCGGACGCAGCAGCAUAGGCAGCAGCAGCCGCCGCAACGUUUCCUACAGGGCCUCCGGAGGCACUGUGACCGGGACCGGCUCUCAGAGCGGCAGGCGAUGGAGUCCUGGAGACACGCCCGAGAGGGCGGGCAGCUUGGUCGAGCAGCCGGAGGACAGUACGCCAGUUACUGACGACGGCGCCAGCGGCACAGCCCAGAGCACGCACAGUGGAAGCAGCGCUGAGCGCGCAGACAACGUGGGCGAACUGGGAGCGCCCCCCAGACUUGCGAGCAAGUCACUGAUGCACUCCGCCCUGACGAGAGAAAAGAGCGUCAAGUCUCCCGAGGAGCUCAAGAGGCGAGGAAGCGUCGACGAGCGAACAGCUACCCUCACGUCCCAGCGCCUCUACAUCGCCAACCCCGAUUGA